UCCCAUUUUUGUGCUUAAUUCUUCAUUCAAUAUGAUGAAUUUCAAGCAUUCCCUUUUCUUUGCUGCCCUUCUUUCUCUUUCACUUACCCCUUGUUUUUGCUUCAAUCCCAAAUCCCUUAAUCUCUCCAACUAUGACUCCUACGAUUCUAAUUCCGGCUGGUCCCCGGGCGUCGCCACCUGGUACGGCAGCCCUGUCGGCGCCGGGAGCGACGGAGGUGCGUGUGGGUACGGAAACGCGGUGGGGGAACCGCCAUUCUCGUCGUUGAUUGCGGCGGGAGGCCCUUCCUUGUUCAAAUCCGGCAAGGGCUGUGGAGCUUGUUAUCAAGUGAAGUGCUCGGUAAAGGGCGCGUGCUCCCGGAAUCCGGUGACGGUGGUUAUAACUGACAGUUGUCCUGGCGGUUCCUGUGCUUCCGACGCUGUCCAUUUCGACCUCAGCGGCACUGCUUUUGGUGCUAUGGCUGCUUCUCGUCGUGGCGAUGAGCUCCGCAAUCUUGGCGUACUACAGGUUCAAUAUAAAAGGGUGGAAUGCAAAUAUGGUGGAACGUCGAUCCAGUUCGUGGUGGAUGCAGGGUCGAACCCAAACUAUUUUGCAGCUUUGAUCGAAUACCAAAAUGGAGAUGGAGUUCUUGGUUCAGUGGAGUUGAAACAAGCGCAGGGCUCGGGUUCAUGGAUUCCCAUGAAGCAGUCAUGGGGUGCAGUUUGGAAGCUGGACUAUGGCUCCGCCCUUAAGGCUCCCUUCUCUUUCAGGCUCACUGCCCUGGAAUCCAGGAAAGCCGUGGUGGCUAACAACGUGAUUCCGGCAGGGUGGCAGCCGGGGAAGACUUAUAGAUCAGUGGUCAACUUCAAGGGUUAGUCAACGGAGUUUAAAAGUAAUGAUAA